UUUUUCUGCGUGUUUCACCAUUCAUAUAUUCUCCGCCUCAUUUCUUCCAUUCUCUGCACAUCGCUCCACUAAAUAGCUCUUACGAGCUUCAAUUCUCUCACACUCACACUAUCUAUUGAGUAUUGAUUUUCCAUUUGUUUUUUAAUCGGUUCAUCCAUUCCAUUCGCUUUCUCAUCUUUCGUUAAGCAGGGAGAUAUAAUAUAAUAGCGCCAUGGAAGGUGCAGCUCAUGCGCAGAGAAAGGCGAUGCUUUGCAACGGAACCAGUUCUCCUUCAUUCCGGCUCCGUAGCCAGAGCCUCAACUCGGUUCGUCUCCGCCGGAUCUUCGACAUGUUUGACCGGAACAGUGACGGCAUGAUCACCGUGGAAGAGCUCAGCGGGGCGCUCAACCUUCUCGGCCUGGACACAGACUUCUCCGAGAUGGAAUCUACAGUCCGGUCUUUCAUUAAACCGGGUAACAUCGGUUUGAGAUUCGAGGACUUCCACGCACUGCACCGCUCACUAGACGACGCCUUCUUCGGAUCUCCGUUAGAUUAUGAUUUGAACGGAGACGAAGCGGCGGAGUCGACAAGUACUAGCUGCACAGCGCAGGACGAGAAGGAUCUGACGGAGGCGUUCAAGGUGUUCGAUGAGGAUGGCGAUGGAUUCAUAUCGGCGACAGAAUUGCAGAUUGUGCUUGCAAAGCUGGGAUUGCAGGAGGAAGGCAAAGAGAUGGACAGAGUAGAGCAGAUGAUCUCCUCCGUCGAUCAAAACCGUGAUGGCCGCGUUGAUUUCUUCGAGUUCAAGGAUAUGAUGCGCAGUGUCAUGGUCCGCACUUCUUAAUGAUAACGAAAUUCCGCCGCCGCUCCGCCACCACUGCAAGACGGAGGAAGGCGUAGCAUUUGGCUUCAUUAUUUAUGUUUUUUUUUUUUCUUGUGGGUAUUUUUCCUCUUCUGUUUUCUCUUUAUUUUUCCUUUAAUUUGUACGGAGUAGUUGUGAUUUUUGUUUCGUUCACCGUCCAGCACCGCCCCUUGGAGACAGGAUGGCUCAUGUGGAUAUUUAAUUAAAUUAAUUAAAAUAAUGUUUGUCAAUC